UAAUAAAGACAUAAUCAUCAAAACUGUCAAUUUACUAUUGAUUAAUACCACUGGUCGAUUUAAAUUUAGAUAUUAAUGUCAAAAGUAUAUGCAGAAAUGAUAAAGUUUCUGUUUUCCUGUCACAAACAAAACUAGUUUAUAUAUAAUAGCAAACUAGGAAAUUACAACAAACCAAAGGUGAUAAUAUGGUCAAAACAACACAGAAGUCACAGGAUGUUGACAUUGACUUGUUUACCAAUAAGAUUGAGCUCCCUCUCUGUCACGUGGACCCUGGUUGUCUCUGCUCUGUCCACCACCUCUGUCACUGUAAGAAGGGACACAGGGCCCACUGGGACGGGUGACAGCAUGCAGCACUGAGUAGAAAGGGGGGGGCAUUUCUCUGAAAAGAUCCCAAGGCAGCAAGCAGGCAGGAAUGUGUUCUCUGGUUGGUGGAGAGGAUCGGAUGUCACCAGCUGUGAGGGGCUGGGAUAAAGGACAGAGCUGCCAGCUCUCAGCCAGAAUAGAUAUCAGGCAUUUCACAAGCAACAGCACACACGAAGGAUAAGUUCACAGAGUUUGCCCUUUUUAUUUUGGUAACUUUUUGAAACCAACAGAGAGCGGGAAGCUUGUAGUUUUCUCUUGUGAAAAUUAGGAACUUGCUGGUCUAACUGCAGUUAGAGACGUUUUCCAUAAUGGACGUUCAGAGGACGGGAUCUAUGGUUCGGCCCCCGAGCCCCAUGGAUAGCCUCGAGAAGCAGCUGAGCUGCCCCAUCUGCCUGGACAUGUUCACCAAGCCUGUGGUCAUCCUGCCCUGCCAACACUUGUGCCGUAGUUGUGCCAGUGACCUCUACGACUCGCGCAACCCAUACCGCUUCUCCGGUGGCGUCUUUCGCUGUCCUACCUGCCGUUUUGAGGUUGUGCUUGACCGCCAUGGUGUGCAUGGGCUCCAACGUGACCUGUUGGUAGAAAAUAUCAUCGACCUCUAUAAGCAGCAGCAAGAAGGAAGCGGCGGUGGAAGCACAGAAACCACCCUGAAGCCUAAAGACUCCAAAGAGCCGAUGUGCCAAGAACACGAGGAUGAGAACAUCAACAUCUAUUGCAUGACCUGCCAGGUACCCACCUGCUCCAUGUGCAAAGUGUUUGGCCAACACAAGGACUGUGAGGUGUCACCUUUAGCAAGUGUCUACCAGGCCCAGAAGGGUGAACUGAGUAAUGCUAUCGAUACCCUGGUGGCCGGCAAUGGCCGCCUGCAGGCCUUGCUCAACCAGAUGGAAGAUGCCUGCCGUGCUGUUCAGGACAAUGCUCAGCGAGCUAAGCAAGGGCUAGCUGAACGCUUUGACCUGCUAUAUGCUGUCCUGGAAGAGCGCAAGACCAUUCUACUAGAGCAGAUUGGUAAAGAGCAAGGAAAGGUGGCAGCUCUGCGGGCGCUGGCUCAACGCUACGGUGACGACUGCAGGACCAGUUCAGAGCUCACAGACACGGCUGUGAGGGCAUUGGAGCAGGGUGUCGCUGCUGAGUUUCUGUUGGCCUCCAAGGGCCUCAUCGUGCAGACCAAAGAUGCAGCUAAAUGCUCACUGGGGGAAGAGAGGCCAGAGCCGGGCUUCGAGAAGAUGGACCACUUCACUUUGUCAACAGAGCACGUUGAAGCAGUCCUGGCGAAAGUGGACUUUGGAGGGGCCGAUGAUGAUGAAUUUGAGGAUGCAGAGGAGGAGGAGGAGGAGGAGGAAGAGGAGGAGGAAUAAUGAAAAUUGAAGUAGUUAUGGACUUGUAGGAAGAACUGUAAUAUGUGCUUUUGAAGUUUUUUUUGACACAAAGUGUUUAUGUUAGGAACUGCAUUUGAUGUUGAAAGAAAUACAAAGUUACGGUGGAUGUGGGCUGAACUGGCUUGCCCUUACUUUCAGUGCAAUAUUUAAUUUCAAUGUCGUAUUCAUACUUUUUCUUAACUUCUUUUUAUACUUUUGUACUUCUAAGCCAGUUUAAACUAAGAAUUGGUCUGGAUAAAUGUAAAUUACACAUCAUUUCCUUAUAUGUAGCUUAUGGAAAUAGUUAUUUGUGUUCGUCUCACUUUGUCUAACUUUGUGUGGAGUUGGUGAUCAGCUGAUCUGCCUGUAAUUCACCAAAUCUGUCUUUGAUGAAUGUGGAAUAAAGCUGCAUGAAGUGAAGCA